AUGAAGCCCACGAAUAUGGUCAUGCUUGCCACUGCUCUCCUGGUCAACGGAGCUCUUGGAUUGCCUACCCCUGGCUCUGGCAUGAUUUCUGGUGUGGACUCUUACUCUACACGUUCGGCUUGGACCAAGGCCGAGACAGAGGAAUCUUCUGUUGAGAAGCGCCAAUGCCCGGCAUCCGAGAACAACGUGGACUGCUAUUCCACUAGAACGGCAUGGUAG